AUGUCCCAUAUUCAGAAUCAUAGUCCCCCUCUCUACAUGAGUUAUACCCCAGAUGUCCUGCUCAGGUGGGAGAUGUCCCAUAUUAAGAAUCAUAGUCCCCUCCUCUCUAGGAGAGUUAUACCCCAGCUGUCCUUCUCAGGUGGGAGAUGUCCCAUAUUAAGAAUCAUAGUCCCCCCCUCUCUAGGAGAGUUAUACCCCAGCUGUCCUGCUCAGGUGGGAGAUGUCCCAUAUUAAGAAUCAUAGUCCCCCUCUCUAGGAGAGUUAUACUCCAGCUGUCCUGCUCAGGUGGGCGAUGUCCUAUAUUAAGAAUCAUAGUCCCUCCCCCUCUCAAGCUGAGUUAUACCCCAGCUGUCCUUCUCAGGUGGGAGAUGUCCCAUAUUAAGAAUCAUAGUCCCCUCCUCUCUAGGAGAGUUAUACCCCAGCUGUCCUGCUCAGGUGGGAGAUGUCCCAUAGGUGAGUUAUACCCCAGCUGUCCUUCUCAGGUGGGAGAUGUCCCAUAUUCAGAAUCAUAG